AUGGAGAAUGGUAUCGUCAAGCGCUGGGACGACAUGCAACAUCUCUGGGACUACACCUUCUUCGAGAAGAUGAAGGUCGACCCCACCGGCCGCAAGAUCCUGCUCACCGAACCGCCAAUGAACCCGCUCAAGAACCGCGAGAUGAUGGCCGAAGUCAUGUUUGAACGCUACAACUUUGGCGGCGUCUAUGUCGCCAUCCAGGCCGUGCUUGCCCUCUACGCCCAGGGUCUUUCGUCCGGUGUCGUCGUAGACAGCGGUGAUGGUGUCACCCAUAUCGUCCCCGUCUACGAGAGCACUGUGCUCAACCACCUCACCCGCAGACUCGAUGUUGCCGGAAGAGACGUCACACGCAACCUCAUCUCCCUCCUCACCCGCCGCGGUUACGCCCUCAACCGAACCGCCGAUUUCGAGACUGUUCGCGCCAUCAAGGAGAAGCUCUGCUACGUUUCCUACGACCUCGCCCUCGACAAGCAACUCUCAGAAGACACGACCGUUCUGGUCGAGUCGUACACUCUCCCCGACGGCCGCGUCAUCCGCGUCGGUUCCGAACGCUUCGAAGCCCCCGAAUGUCUGUUCCAGCCCCAUCUCGUCGAUGUCGAACAACCCGGUAUCGCCGAAUUCCUCUUCAACACCAUCCAAGCCGCCGACGUCGAUGUCAGAUCGAGUCUGUACAAGGCCAUUGUGCUUUCGGGCGGUAGCAGCAUGUACCCCGGUCUUCCCAGCAGAUUGGAAAAGGAACUCAAGCAACUCUGGCUCACCAAGGUUCUACAAGGAAACCCCGAGAGAUUGAGCGUGAGUGAUGCUCAAACUGUGAAUUGCAAUUGCACGGCUAACCUGUCUCUACACAGANAAUUCAAGGUCAGGAUAGAAGACCCACCGAGAAGAAGACAUAUGGUCUUCUUGGGCGGUGCCGUCCUCGCAAACAUUGUGAGUCCCUGGACGUUCUCAACGUGGAUGAUUGAACAGCAGACUGACACGAAUCGAAAAACAGNNAUGGCCGACAAGGAAAGCAUGUGGAUAUCCAAGCAAGAGUGGCAAGAACAAGGUGCUCGUGCCUUGGACAAGUUGGGCGCUCGAUGA